AUGUCGGAUACUCAAAAAGCUAGUUGGCAAUGCCCCAAUUGUCACAGUAAACAGCCUAGAGGCGACAACACAAAUACGCCCGUCAAGCAGACGGCAUCGUCAUCGUCACCCACGACCGCCUCCAGUAACGUUAUGACACGCAAAGCUACUAAAGUGGCAGGCAAGUCGCCCAUCCCACAAGUACUAAGUAGCGGCGCACUUACAUCGAGCGCAGAGAUACGUGACAUCAUAAAUGAAGCACUGAGGGAAUGGGCCACCGGAAUUUGUAGUCAACUAAAUGAAAUAAGAAGUGAGGUGGUCAGUUUUAAAGAUUCAAUGUCAUUUUUUAAUGAACAAUUCGAGCAAUUAAAAGCCGAGAUGAUUCGAGGUGCCAAGACUGCCAGAGGUGGCCAAGAGAUUGUGACCUAUUCUCAGAGCACUUUCAGUCAAUAUACGAUGACAUCAUCAACCAAUUUGACAACCAAGUCAUCCAAUGUCAAUAAUACAGCUCUCCACAGUUACGAGAACUGUCUGACCAUCAGCUCACUCACUGUCUGCGAAUACAAGGUAGAAAGAGCAUUGAUGGGAUUGGAUGGAAGCAAGACUUCAGGAUUGGAUGUCUUGCCCCCCGAUCAUUCUAAAGAAGUGUGCUAA